GCUAGUUAUAGCUAGCUUAGUUUAAGUUUUGCUAAACAAUGUCUGCUAGAUAUGACAGAGCUAUUACAGUAUUUUCUCCUGAUGGACAUCUUUUUCAAGUGGAGUAUGCUCAAGAGGCAGUGAAAAAGGGUUCCACUGCGGUUGGCAUCAGAGGGAAAGACAUAGUGGUUCUGGGUGUUGAGAAAAAGUCCGUAGCCAAACUGCAAGAGGAGAGGACUGUCCGAAAGAUAUGUGCCCUGGAUGAGCAUGUGUGCAUGGCCUUUGCAGGUCUGACAGCAGAUGCUCGGAUCGUCAUAAACAGAGCCAGGGUGGAAUGCCAGAGCCACCGUCUCACUGUAGAAGAUCCUGUUACUGUGGAGUACAUCACCCGACAUAUCGCCACACUCAAGCAGCGCUAUACCCAGAGCAAUGGACGCAGACCGUUUGGUAUCUCUGCCCUGAUCGUGGGCUUUGACUAUGACGGCACCCCUCGGCUGUACCAAACAGAUCCUUCUGGAACGUAUCACGCUUGGAAGGCAAACGCAAUCGGUCGCAGUGCAAAGACGGUUCGAGAGUUCCUUGAGAAGAACUACACGGAGGAGGCCAUCGCGACGGACAAUGAUGCCAUCAAGCUUGCCAUCAAGGCCCUCCUGGAGGUUGUCCAAUCAGGAGGCAAGAACAUUGAGCUAGCUGUUAUACGGAGGAGUCAACCACUAAAGCUUCUCGAGUCGAAAGAAAUUGAAACACUUGUGGCCGAAAUUGAGAAGGAGAAAGAGGAGGAGGCAGACAAGAAGAAACAGAAGAAGUCCUCCUAAUUCAAUCUGGUCCCGUCACAUCACUUUCGUGUUCUGUGUGGACAGACCCGCUUCACUUCAUGAUGGAAACGCAUGUACACUUUCAGUUGGCAUCCGUCACAGGACUCUAGAUCAUUUUCUCUUUUGUUCAGUAGUGUGGCUGUCAAGAUCCCACUAGGCUUGUUGGUUUGUUAUAUUUUGUUAACCUGUAAUUGAUGACAACUGAACUUAAAAAAAUAAAAUUAUACUUUGUACUUUGGUUUAA